GAUAUUAAUGAGUAUAAAAAGUGAAAGUGGAAGCUCAUAUCACUGGAAUGAAAGAUCUCUAAUGGAUUGGAAGCUCAAUGGUAUGUCUAGUGACGGAGAGGUUAAGACACCUAAACUAAAACCGGCAAGAGUAGUAGAAAAACAUACAAGGACAUGUGGAAAUCCAAAGAAAGAGAGAGAGCUAGUGGUUGUGUUUGGCCAAACGUCCAGUUUACAUGGCGCGUCCCGAGUUUGCUCGCCAAGAAAUUCCACAAAAAUAACAAGGAUAUUCUACUCGAUCCUGAUGGUACUGUGCUUCUUAUCAGUAACAAUAGGCGUAUCAUCUCUUCUUCAAGAAGCAUUCAGCAAAGAAUCGACCAUCAUAAGCACCAUAAAUAAAGAAUACUCCAGUGGACGAGAUGAAGAUCCCGAUUACUUUCCAGAAUACCCUCGAGUAACAGUAUGCAGGAACCCUUCUUAUAAAAUAGAUAUCAAUGAUACUUUCUUAAGCCUUGUAGAAUAUGCCUCGAUUAGUCUAGGAUAUCCUUUUAUGUCUUUGAGCCCACAAGAAAUAUCUAUGAUUGCGGAAUUGGUUGAUCCUGAUGCUUUGACCAAUGUUGCACGAAAUCCAACAUUGGAUGAAUUCAAAAUGAAACUUGAGAAUGCCGAAAAGCGAUAUCAGGAAUUGAAAAAGAUGCACAAGAACUUUAACUUAAGGAACUUUCUUUUCGAAAACAGCGUCAGGUGUGAAAAUUUCUUUCGGAGCUGCGUAAUUUUCAUUUACGAUUUCAAUUGCUGUGAAAUUUUCGAACCCAUUCUGACUUCGUCGGGUCUGUGCUUCACCCUCAACGUAUACAACAAGAAAUUGGAAAAUCUGCUCAAAUCUCUUGAUAUGACGUUCAUAUUUACGAUUGAUCUCGUUUCACCUCCUUUUUUAGUUAAGUUAUUAUCUAAUUAUUAUGAUCUUAAUAUGACGUUUAUAUUUACAAUUGAUCUCGUUUCACCUCCUUAUUUAG